AUGGCAGAUACAAAGCAUACAUCACAGAUCCAAAAUGAAACGGAUGACGUUAUUGCCAUUGACGAAGGACUUACAGAGCAAUCACUGCUUCGCAAACUAGACGCUAGGCUCCUGCCUGGAGUUGGUAUUUUAUACCUUCUCUCGUUCUUAGAUCGGAGCAAUGUUGGAAAUGCCCGCAUUGAGGGCAUGGUAAAUGACCUCCACAUGACUGGGAACCAGUAUCUUACUGGGCUUACCGUUUAUUUCAUUGGCUAUGUUCUUUUUGAGGUUCCAUGCAAUAUUAUCCUCAAAAAGACAAGCCCUCGUUUAUGGCUCCCGACUUUGACAAUAGCGUGGGGUGUUGUUGCUACGCUGUUGGGAGUGGUACAAAACCUUUCUGGCUUUCUUGUUGCUCGAUUCUUCUUAGGCGUAACAGAAAGCGGCCUAUUCCCUGGUGUUGUGUUCUAUUUGUCAAUGUGGUACAAACGAAAGGAGCGGCAGUAUCGCAUUUCAUUAUUUUUCAGUGCGGCAUCGCUAGCGGGAGCCUUUGGUGGCAUUUUAGCAUUUGGAAUUGCGAAGAUGAAAGGAAUCAUUUGGAGUAACGGAUGGCGGUGGAUAUUCAUUCUCGAAGGAAUUGCUACUGUCAUUAUUGCCACAGCAGCGUACUGGUUCAUUGAGAACUACCCGGAUAACGCUAAAUUUCUCACGAAAGCCGAAAGACAGCUGAUCAAAACUAGAUUGGCCGCUGACUCUGACGCUAUGAUGAAAGAAGAUUUUAAUUGGGCUGCUCCAACAAUUAUCAGCAAUCUUGGAUAUACAGCAGCGAAAGCUCAGCUCCUUACGAUUCCUCCAUAUGCGUUGGCAUUCGUUACUACUGUGGGAGUUGCCAUUGCGUCCGAAAAAUUAGGGAAAAGGGCGGUCUUUAUAGCAGGCUCCUCAAUUACGGCCGCAAUUGGAUACAUCAUGCUGCUUGCAAACACCGACCCUGUUUCACGACCGGGCUUGUCGUACGCUGGCACGUUCUUUGCUGCUGCAGGCAUUUACCCGGCCACUGCACUUGUUCUCUCAUGGCCGGCUAUCAACGUGUCUGGCCAGACAAAAAGAGCUAUUGCAAACGCGAUGCAGAUUAGCAUUGGUAAUCUAGGGGCUGUCAUGGGGACACAGCUGUAUCGAUCAAAUGAUGGGCCGAGAUUUGUCGUUGGUCACUCAGUCGCACUGGCUUACUUGUGUGCGAAUGUCGUUGUGGUCAGCUACACAGGAUGGCGACUAAAAGCGCAAAAUACAGCGAGGGCAAACAUCUCCCCCGAAAUUGAGAAUGUAGGAGAAGCGUCAGACUGGGAGGGAGAUAAAGACCCUCGGUGGCGAUUGUCAUACUAG